AUGCCUCGAAAGCUCAGGGCAGCUGCCCAAGCGGCUGCUAAGUCUAUGAAAAAUGUCCCGACAUUACCAGACCUCUCAGACGAGGAAAUGAUAGAUGCCCCUCCAUCACAGCCGUCAUCGCCUCCCAUCGAAGAGCCAAACUCCCCCGACGACGACCCCGAUAUGGAGCCCGAAGCCAACGAGCAAGACGCGGAUGAAGCACAGGCCGACACGCCUGGUGAAUCUAAAGAACAAGAGAACAACGCCGGAACUCCUGCCGCAGAUGAUAUCACACAACUUGACGGUGCAACAGACACACCUACUCAUGCUAUUGGUCGCCCCGCCAUCCCGCGCAAACGCCGUCUUGGUCGUCCCCCAAAAAACCGUCCACCAGACUGGGAUGCGCCAGACGGCUCCCAAACCCCAAUUCGCGUCACAACUCCCGUCAAGCGCCGACGAGGUCGCCCUGCCGCUAGCGGUGGCCGCUGGGCACGGAAUCGUGGACCUGUGCACAACACUCAAGUUCCCGUUGACAAAGAAGGAAACAUGAUGGAUGUGAUUGGAGAUGAAGUGGCUCUCCCUCCCAACCCGGUGGGUGACAGCAAAGUUGAUGAGAAUGGCCAUCUCCUCGGAGGCCGCGAAUACCGAGUCCGCACUUUCACUAUCCUCAACCGCGGUGACAAGCUGUACAUGCUGUCGACCGAGCCAGCGCGAUGCAUCGGAUUCCGGGACUCAUAUCUGUUCUUCCAAAAGCAUAAGAUGCUCUACAAGAUUAUCAUCGACGACGACGCCAAGCGCGAUCUGAUUGAGCGCGAUAUUAUCCCGCAUUCCUAUAAGGGUCGUGCUAUCGGUGUGGUCACGGCGCGUUCGGUGUUCCGUGAGUUCGGCGCAAAGAUCGUCGUUGGCGGUAAGAAGAUUUCCGACGAUUAUGAUGAGCAAGCUGCUCGGGAACGCGGUGAUGUGGAGGGAGAUCUUGCCGUUCCAGAGGAUAAACUUCCUGCUCCUGGAGAACCAUACAAUCGCAAUCAGUAUGUCGCAUGGCAUGGUGCUAGCAGCGUUUACCAUACGAACGCACCUUCGGUGCCAAUGGCUGGUGGAAAGCCUCUCGAUCCCAAGAAGCGGAGGAUUCCUGUAACAGACGAGAACUGGAUGUUCGAGCAUGCUCGAGCCGCAAGCCAAUUCAACUCCAAGCUUGUCGAGAUGCGUCGCGCCACCAUGGACGGUAUUUACGACGUCCACACCAACACCAUGCAAUAUCCGCAGAUCAUGCAACCAACUCACGCCCGCUGGGAGCGCGUGCCUCCCAGCGAAGUCCGCACCACAGCCGAGCUCAUGUCCACGCUCAGCAUCGCGAACAAGCAGUCCACUGCGGACUCGCAAUCCGUAUCUGCCGAACCCACCGACUCUGCAGACAAGCAUGACGACCAGACCCAAAACACCACCAUCUUCCCGCCCGUUUCCUCGCACAUCUCCGACCGCUAUGUCGUCACAGACAUUGUCUACGAGUCACCGCCAUACUCGAAUAUGGGCGUUCCCGGCCCGGACGGCGAUUUGCGUAAUCUGAACCCGAAUGGUCUUGCCAGUAUUGCCAACCCUAAGCACGCGGAGUUCAUGACACCCGAGAUCCUGGCACUUCUGCCUGAUGACUGCAAGGACGCUUUGAUCGAUGGGGCAGCUCGCGAGAUUCAGUGGAAGUCGAAGUGGAGCACCGAGUCUCAAGACGGGAUGCGCGCGCAGCCGUCGAAGAGUUAUGCUUGGUACCCUUGA